AUGUCAAAAUUGGUAAGAAGAACAAUACUACCCAUACUAACAUUAACUAUUAUAAUAUGUUUCCUAUUGAUUCAAACUAAUAAUGAGUCAAUAAAUAACUACCAAUCUUAUCCAAUUUUUGACUCAAUAAGUAAUCAUUUCACAUUUACAAAACAAGAAGUAGAAACAAUACCGAAACAACCAUUGAAAAAACAAGAUGAUGAAGAGCAUAAAUUAGAUCCAUGUACUGUUUAUAAUCCAAUUAGUAAAGGUUACAUAGAUUUAAGUGGUCUUUCCUCAAUUUCAAACGAAGGUAAAGCAUUACCAUUUAAUGCCAAAGGUUAUGAUUCAGGUAAAAAUUAUACUUUAGGGAUAUGUUCAAAUCCAUUUAAACAACAUCAUGAUAAUUUAAAUGAAAUUCAAGAUAAUGUAAAUCAAAGUUUAAUUGGUGGUUUUUAUAUAAACGAUCAACAUAAAUAUGUUUCAAUUGGUGAAUUUUCAACCACCCCAAAAUUUAGAGGUAGAAAACUAACAUUAACUUAUGAAAAUGGUUCAUAUUGUGAAAAUACAUUAGAUUCAUUUGGUAAAAAAUUAAGAAAGUCAACAAUUUUAUCAUUUACUUGUGAUCGCGAAAUUUCUGCAAAAGCUCAAAUUUCAUUUAUUGGACAAAUUAAUGAAUGUUCAUAUUUUUUUGAAGUUAGAUCUCAUAUGGCAUGUCCAACUGCUGCAAAAGAACAAAAGGGAAAUGUUAUACUAAUAUUAUUAAUUUUUAUUGGUUCAUUUGUUGGAUUAUUUUGGAUAACUUCAUUUUUAAAAAGAUUUAUGAAAACAAACAAUAUAGACAAAGUAUAA